CAUGUGUGUGCGUGUGUGCAGUUAAUGAGCAGAGGAGACGCAGCUGAGCACAGCUCCCCGGACACGACGGACAGGCCGGGCUGGUAGCAGGACUGAACCCCGCCGGACGGUCGCGAUGGAUUUCGUGCUGAGUGGCGCGGCGGCGUGCGGCGCCUGUCUGUUCACCAACCCGCUGGAGGUCGUUAAAACGCGAAUGCAGCUCCAGGGAGAGCUGAAGAGCCGGGGCUCGUACCAAGUGUAUUACCGCAACGUUUUCCACGCGUUUUACACAAUCGGCAAAGUGGACGGCCUGGCCGGCUUACAGAAAGGACUGGCUCCCGGGCUCGUCUAUCAGUUUUUUAUGAAUGGAAUCCGGCUCGGCUCGUACGCCGUCAUUGAGUCCGCUGGAUACAUCCACACCAAUGGAAGGGUCAGCGCGGCUAAAACCACGUUGGCAGGGGCUGUGGCUGGAGUGGUGGGAGCCGUGGUCGGAAGCCCCGUGUACUUGGUUAAGACUCAUAUGCAGAGUCAGUCUACCUCCUCGAUUGCAGUUGGACAUCAGCAUAAACACAAGGGGAUGAUCCUCGCUCUGUCAGCCAUCUAUAAGCAGCAUGGCAUUCUGGGACUGUGGAGGGGCUCUAGUGCUGCUGUGCCACGGGUCAGCGUGGGAUCGGCUGCACAACUCUCCACCUUCUCCUCCUCCAAGGAGCUUGUGGUUGACCUACAGGUGUUCCCGAAGGACAGCGGGUUGGUGGCCCUCUGUGCCGGCAUGAUCAGCAGCGUGGUGGUGGUGAUGGCCAUGACACCUUUUGAUGUGGUGAGCACGCGGCUCUACAACCAGCCCGUGGAUCCUUUGGGCCAGGGGCAGUUUUAUAAAGGAUUCGCUGACUGCUUUUCUCAGACGCUGAGGAAGGAAGGCUUAAUGGGACUCUACAAAGGCUUGGGAGCCUCUUAUUUCCGGCUCGGCCCACACACCAUUCUAUCUUUGUUCUUCUGGGAUGAACUGCGCAAAGUGUACCAGCAGUGCAGAUAGCACCAGGAAAAUGGGUAACUCAUUGGGCUCCGAGUGCGUCGGCUCCACGGGUCCUCGUUUAAUGAAGGUACUAUUAUAUACAGGACUGUCUCAGAAAAUUAGAAUAUUGUGAUAAAGUUCUUUAUUUUCUGUAAUGCAAUUAAAAAAUUAUUAAAAGAAUAAAAGGCUUGCAAUAUUUCAGUUGAUUUGUAAUGAAUCCAGAAUGCAUGACAUUUUUGUUUUUUUAAUUGCAUUACAGAAAAUAAAGACUUAUCACAAUAUUCUAAUUUUCUGAGACAGUCCUGUAUAUAUAUAUAUGGUGAGGAAAAACUAGGAGACGGCCAUCUUUCCUGAUGAGCAAGAGCAAAGGUCAUAUUUCACACUCCGAUAAGAAAACACUUCUGUACGUUGUAAAUUGACAGGAAUAAGGUGAAAGUGUCAACGCCUCAUAUGUGCACAGAUAUGAUGAUGACCUGCAUAGGAACUUGUGCGCUUAUUUUUUUUUUAUAGGGAUAGGUGCGUAAAUACAAUUGUUACUGAAAAGAUUAAUGGUAUAUAGCAUUUGCCUUUAUGAGCUAAUUUGCAUCGUGUAUUCUAUUCUAAAAGAAUAAUUACACGGUGUAGUAGAAAAAACACGAGGAAACCCAAACAAUGAAGAGAUAACACUAACAAACAGGUUUUACCACGUCAACGAGGACAUUUAGGAGGCUUGCUACGUGUUGACAUAACACAGAUAUGUUUAACAUCUAAUAAAAUGUUAUUGCCAAUACAUUUCUUUCAUGUUGCUGAGAGUUAACUCAGCUGUUAUCCUGACAGACGUCGGUUUCUGUUUAUAUUAUACAUCACGAUUUAUAUUAAAACAAAAAACUAAAUUAGUUGUGUGUUAUUGUCUGUGUGCUACAUAAAUCUGUUAAGUAAGCAUUUAAAAACAUUUCCCUUUCUAACAAUUACUUUAUUUAAUAGAAUUAAGACCAUCCUAAUGAUUCAUUGACAUCAUAUUUCAGCUCAGGAGUUUUUCGUCAAAAAUUCUUGAAUAGAUCAUUGACUGAGUAUUUAGAUAUUGUAGUAAGUCAAGUUAUGAUGUCAACUAGAUUUUGGCUUGGCAAGAUAAAUUGGCUUUAAAGUCAUUUACAUAUAUAUUUUACAUUCUCCAGGUCAGCAUGAGCAUACAGCAGCAUUACUGGCUUAAUAUUAAAGAGUAAAUACUUGUAGACUGAGAAAAGACAGAUGGUACCUAAGUUUAUUUUGUAAUAUGAAGUUGCUCUCCUGAUAUUUUUAUAUUCUCCAAGAACGUUUGUUCUCUUGAUGUUAUGAGGCCCAUUUGUACAGCAAGUGAAGUAUGUGGUUUAUUCUGAGUAAUCUAGUGGACAAGGGAACUGUAUCUAACGGCAGUAUCAGCUGUUUAAUUUAUCCAAUCAAACCAGAUUAGAAACCAGACUGUGAACAUUUACAGGAGAUUUUUUUCAGGGGUGAACAACUUGAACAAUCGCACCUGAUUCCUAACAUGGUAUAUUUAGCUAUGCCAUUAUGAUAAAGCCAUUUCUGUUUAUUUGUGUGAAUGGAAACCUGUUAAGUGGUCGACAAUGACUACAAAUGGAAUAGUUGGUGGCUAGUUUAUAUAAAUGAGACCAGAGAAGUAAAAAGUCUGAAAUUAAAGACACAUUGGGGAAGGAAGGAUAACAAUGUUAAAUACAAGCAAAAUGCUUAUGUUAGUUUUGCUACUUUUCUUUUGAAAUUGCUCUGUCCUUUUGCAGAUUGCUCCAAUCUGAGGACUUGUGAAGGUUACAUGCAGCAGCUCGGUUAUGUUUCAUGAAUGUGUGACAGAAUUAACUUCCUGUUAUGGACAGCCACUUUUUUUUUUUACAUUUUAAUUGACCAUUGUGUUGUCACCUUGUUUCAUGUGGACUGAAUUGAAUAUAAGACGAGAGGAAUCUACAUUUUCAAUCAUAUGUUGCUCAACCCACAUCAGCUGCCUGAUCAUUGUGUUCAGGCAGCUUGUAACUUCAAGUUAAUUUCCUUUAAGUUUACAAGAAUAAAUCAUGUGAUCAUUA